UGUCGCUAGUGCGGACGUCACGCCACUCGCGGACUAUUCUCCUCUCGAAACUUGACUUAGCACAACGUGUUUUGUGAUUUAAAUUGUGUUUAUUAAUUGUUAAUAUUGUGUUCUGUGAAAUUACUGAAUUAUAGUUGAAACAUGCCGUGUAACUGCGAGGUGUUGGUGGAGCCGGCGGGCGCGCGCCUGCACCACGCCAGCUGCGAGUACAGACUGCACGGCGCCAACGGGCACGCUAAACACACGCCGCACAGAAAAGUGUACGAUGAAGAGUAUAUGCCCUCCGAUGACGAUGACGAAGGAACUAGGAGCACCAUUAGAUACCCAGAUGGCACGGUGCGGCUCCGGAACCCCAACAUCGAGCUCAUGGACCAGGACAUCCUGUACCACCUGGCGCUCGGCAGCGGCUCCCACGACCUGGUCGAGAUGUUCGGCGACGUUAAGUUCGUCUGCAUGGGGGGUACGCCGAAGCGCAUGGAGCAGUUCGCGUACCACAUAAUGGCGGAGAUCGGGCACAAGCUGCCGUGCGGCACCACCCUGCAGGACAUCAGCCAGUUCUCCUACCGCUACUCCAUGUUCAAAGUGGGCCCCGUGCUGUCCAUCAGUCACGGCAUGGGCAUCCCAUCAGUGGGCAUCCUGCUCCACGAGGUGAUCAAGCUGAUGUACCACGCCAAGGUCCGGGACCCGGUGUUUUUCCGGAUCGGGACUUGCGGCGGCGUCGGCUAUGAGGGGGGCACUGUAGUCAUCUCUGAUGAGGCGGUUGAUGGUGCGCUGAAAAAUGCUCUGGAACUGACGGUGCUGGGCAACACAGUUUCACGGCCGGCCAAGUUGGACCGGCGGCUGGCGCGCGAGCUGCGCGCCCUCGCUGACCCGGAGGACCCGUACGAUACCGUCACCGGCAAGACCAUGUGCACCUACGACUUCUACGAGGGUCAAGGUCGACUUGACGGUGCAUUCUGCGACUUCACCGAAGCAGACAAGAUGGAGUAUCUAGAGCGGCUCCACAAGGCUGGUGUGGUGAACAUCGAGAUGGAGUCCCUGGCGUUCGCGGCGCUCACGCACCACGCCGGCGUCAAGGCGGCCGUCGUGUGCGUCACGCUGCUCGACCGGCUCAAGGGCGACCAGGUACUUGCCCCCAAGGAAGUUUUGGACGAGUGGCAACAGAGGCCGACCAAGCUUGUCUGCCGCUACAUUAAGAGGUACCUGCAGAUGAAGGGCCGCCUGUCGCUGGACGGGCACGGCUCCGUGUCCGUGAAGAGCCCGCGCCGGUUCAAGCUCGUGCAGCAGGAGUCCGAGACCUACGACUAAACUGCAGCAGCUGACUCUUCAGUCGACUGACCUAACCUACCCCAGGUCGACUAAGCUGUGCCAGCGUUGAGGUAACCAAGGGUCGGUUGCACCAAACCGUUUAAGAGUAUCGAAGUAUCAUCGCGUUGAUAAGUGAAUUAACAGUUGCUGGUGCAACUGCCCCUAAGGCAGUUGUGGCCCGUCGUGUUGCUACGUUUAAAGUUACAGCCGUGGCACCAGGAGACUAAACUAACAGAACAGAAUCGCAAGGAAAUGCUGACCGCUUAUCGAGGACCUUAGUACCUACACUUUACAUGGAGUAAGAUGAGGGUAGCUUGCAGCAAUUAGAAAAUAUUUUUGUUUAUAAAACUAAAAUUUGAGAAUUUAAAUAAAACGGAACUACGAGGUAUUGGAGAAAAAAUAUGAACUUUAGUUACACGGAAAUGUAUGAAUGUUCAAGCUGCUGUUCUGAGUAGUUCAGUUUUCUGUGGUCGCCUGAAGUAUCUGGGAAGUUAGCGGAAACUUGCAUAUGCUUAUGUAACGUGUAUGGUGCCAACCGCGACGAUUACGCUAUUAUUCAAGGCACUAAUAAGCUCAUUUGACUAAACGGGAAAACUGCUUUAAUUCUAAGCGAAUACGAAGCUAUUCGUGUAUCAUCGGUUAAACUGUAUUCUUUUUGGUCAAGUGACGUUUUUAGCUGAA